CUUUCCUGUGUGCUGAUACCGAUACAUCUGAGAAACACUCAUAUAAAUAUCCGGUUAAAUUUCAAACUGGAAACUCCUCCUCUAUCGUUCCAAUGGCAAGUGAAGGUUUUUCAAAACACUGAAGAAUUUAAAGAGGCAGUAGAUGUCGCGUGUCUUUUACUUAACUGUUGUUGAUUUCCCCCAUCAUAACAUUUACACAUUCAUGUGGAUACAGAGAAGCAGUGUUGUCAAAUUACAGGGACAUUUUUCUCUGAUUGACCCAUGCCCUUGAAUCUAAAGAAAUAUGAUGAAUACCUCGGCUAUGACCGCAUCCAUCAAUGAUAUAUAUAUGUCUACAACAUCAACAGAAGGCGUUUCGCCUCAACAAACGACGCUCUUUAUCCAAAACUUCAGUGAUUUGGCAGAAGGUACAUGUACCCAUGCACCACUUCCUAAGGUUUGCAAUGACAGUCUCUUAACUCCAACAGCUUAUUUAGAACUAGAUGCAUUAAGCGACGAUCGUGCCAUGACUUACAUGCCAGUUAUAUUCUUCCUGGUUGUCGUUAUGCUGUUUGGAAUUUUGGGAAACAUUGUUGUGCUAUAUAUCUACGGUUCUGAUUCAAAACGAAAACCAGCCAACAACUUUAUUCUUACAAUGGCGGCCUUCGAUCUUUUGGCCUCGGGUAUCGCUAUUCCACUUGAUAUCUACGAUAUGCGAUACCAUUACACGUUCUAUGAUCACAUAGCAUGUAAGGUUUUCCGAUAUUCCGAAUCAGCAUUCACAAACGCCUCCAGUUUUAUAUUGAUUCUCAUCGCCAUAGAUAGAUAUUUGAAGAUUUGUAGACCGUUAAUGCCCGAUUCACCUUUUAGGAGCAAGAUAAUGUGCGUCGGGUCUUCGUUAUUUGGUUUCGUUGUUGCUGUCCCAACCCUUUGGUUAUUUGGAAUAAACCGAAUGCAUAUUUCUUCUAGAAAAUAUUGCGGAUUUGAUUGCACCGUUUCUGAUGAAUACAGAAACACGAAUUUUAACAAGUACUAUUAUGCAUUAUUGCUCACUUUAUUUUUUGCAACUUUAUUCACUUUAGUUGGGUUCUAUAUACGCAUUUGGGUAGCUAUCAAGACUAGAAGAAACAGUGUGAUUGGGGACCGCGCAUCAGUCAGCCAUUCGUCUGUCAAAAGCAAUGAUUCAAAAGAAUCUCGAAGUUUUGCAAAGCGAAAAAGGAAUCAAUCGACCACAAGUGAUGAUGACUCUGUAUUUACCAAGAGCGACAGCAAACAAUUUCUCAACCACCAGCAGUCAUCGCGAAAGUCCCGGAUAUCUAGGAUGGGGUCCAGCGUCACAACGAUGAUUGGAAAUGUUCGUUGCACACGAACAACGAAAAUCUUCAUUGCAGUAUCGGUGGCAUUCAUCCUCUGCUUCCUCCCCAGUAUCAUCGUAAAUCUUCUUCAGGCUUGCGUUAAAAGCAUUCGAACGACCAAUUCAGAAGUCGCCAAGGUCAUUAUGAAACUCCUAGCCAGGGUACAUUUUGUCAACCACGCCAUAAACCCACUGAUAUAUAGCUUUCUGAACGUCAACUUUCGCACACAAUGUAAGAAAGCGUAUAAACGCCUGAUUGCAACUUGCACCGAGAAAUAUAAAAGAAAGUCGUCGAUUUCUUCGCGUUCGUCCGGUAGUGGGUCUAGAAAGAAACCAAAGAACGACAGUGACGCUAAAACACAUGAAGAAGUUAUGGAACACUCGAAUCAUUCUCAAGUUGAGACAAAGAAUCUGUAAUAAUGUGUUAUUUCGUGUUAGGUACAUGUAAAGAAUGGUGCAGAGCGAAUCUACGGAUAUUUAGAAUAUCUGCAAAACAUUCAAUCCAAUUGAUUUUCCUUCUUGCUUCUUGAUUUAUAGUGUUACUUGCAUAAUGUGCACCUAAUGUAUAUAAUAAAGUUUUGGUUUUCUGUCCA